UCGGCCGGAACAUAAAGCUCCUCCAGAAAUUUUUUAUAAUGAAGAAGAAGCAAGAAAAUAUACAACAAAUUCGAGAAUACAAAGUGUUCAAGCCGAAAUGUCAUUACGUGCUCUUGAACUUUUGAAUUUACCAGAUGAAACAUGUUUUUUACUUGAUAUAGGCUGUGGAUCAGGACUAAGUGGAGAAAUUUUAGACGAUGAGGGUCAUAUAUGGAUUGGAUUGGAUAUUUCUCCUUCUAUGUUACAAGUUGCAUUGGAUAGAGAAGUUGAAGGUGAUUUAUUCUUACAGGAUAUUGGCCAAGGAAUGAAUUUUCGACCGGGCACAUUUGACGGUGCGAUAAGUAUAUCUGUUUUACAAUGGCUUUGUAACGCAGAUCAACAAUCACAUAAUCCAAAAUCUCGAUUAACCCGUUUUUUCUCAACGUUAUAUGCGUCAUUAAAACGCGGAGCUCGUGCAGUAUUUCAAUUAUAUCCUGAAAACGAUGAUCAAUGUGAAUUAAUAAUGAAUGUGGCAAUGCGAUGCGGGUUUGAAGGUGGUUUAGUGGUAGACUAUCCUAAUAGUAAGAAAGCAAAAAAAUAUUAUCUAUGUUUAUUUGCUGGACAAAUUCCUGGUGGACAAAAACAACAAAUACCACAAGCUUUAGGCGAAGAAAAGGAAGAACACGAUGUAAUAUAUUCAAAUCAAAGAAUUCGUGAACGACAAAAGGGAAAACAACGUAAAUCGGUCAAAAAUAGGGAUUGGGUUUUGCAUAAAAAAGAAGUUGCUCGUACGCGUGGGAAAAAAGAUGUACCGUUUGAUUCUAAAUACACAGGAAGAAAGAGAAGACCUAAAUUUUAGAAAUAAUUUUUUCUUCAAAUUUUGGAUAACAGUCCAUAUUUAACUAUUUUAUGAAAGAUAUAAAUUCGUCUGAUCUUUCACGACAGUCAUUUUGUUUUUGAAUCACAGGAUUUAAUAUCAUUCUUCAUUAUUUGAAUCCGAAUCUGAAGA